AGCAUUUUGUUCAGUGUUUUGAUUGUAUUGUCAAACGUUUGACACAAUUUGCGGUCAAAUCUAAACCACAAUUAAUACACCAAUCGGUGGUUAAUGCCAUUAAACCCCUGUAUUCAACAAAUAUGUUAUCAAAACACGUGUUAAACUGUAGUUUCAGUCAAUGGUAUCCGUUAUUUGCCAACAUUUCUAUCGACAGCAAAAUCGUGAGACUUUCCGACGAUUUCAUUCAAUACCUCUUAAGCGAUGGCAUAAUUUUGCCAAAAAGCGGACCCACUGCUGGUGACAAUACUGGUGGCGAUUGGAGUAGUGAUGAGGAGAAUGGCCCCCAAAACGGUAGUAACAGCCUCUCAGGUGAUGACGAUAGCGGUAGCGAUGAUAAUGUGCCGGACAUUGAGUUCAACGAACUGGAUGUCCGUUUGCGGGAAGCGCUCCAAGAGUUUGGAUCGGUUUUCCCGAAACUCAAUUGGAGUUCCUGUGAGGACAGCCGUUGGAUCAGCGCUUCCGGCACUCGAUGCACGACCACUGAAGACAUAUAUCUGUUGCUUAAGAGUUCCGAUAGAGUUGUCCACGACUUGACUCAACCAUUCAAAGACUGUUCAGACGUUAAUGAAAUGAAUGCUCCGGUGGUUGACUACGAGCUGAUCCUUAAGAAAUGGAUUGACAUCAACCCGUCGAUGGAAUUCCGUUGCUUUAUAGCCGAUAAUCAAUUAAUUGGUAUUACUCAACGGGAUGUCCGCUCGUAUUACGAUCACAUCGGACAACAAAAACAGGACAUCAUUACAGAUAUUCACAGAUUCUUUGCCACUCAUAUCAUGAAUCGCUUCCACGACAGUGACUGUAAAAAGCUUUUCGAAGAAUAUUCUGUGGUUUAAUUACUAAUGCAUUGCGUUUAUACUUAUCGCCAAAUACCGGUAGUUGUGAUGGAUGUCUAUCGGCCCACCGGUGGACGGGUAGUACUGGUGGAUAUCAAUCCAUUCGGUGAGACCAGUGAUUCACUUCUGUUUGAUUGGGAGGAACUGGUGGAGAGACAAAGGAAUAUCACUACCGAUGAGAUACCGAUCCCUGAGUUUCGGUUCCUCACGAAUGAGACGGGAAUUCAGACGCAGAGGUAUUCCAUGAACUCAUUGCCAAUCGAUGUGCUCAACGGUGGCUGUAAUUUGGAUCAAUUCAUGAACGGCUGUCAUAUCGACCGAUGAUACACUCGUAAUGUAUUUAUGGCUAAAAUUGGCGUUAAUUUUGUAUUCAUUUUUAAGUGAAUUAAUAAAAACUUGGCCAAAAUUUAAUACU